UGACUGCUCAGUCGCCGCGCAAUACCGCCUUAACGACCCUCAAGCAGUCGCUACCACGCCAAGCGCGCCAGAGCGAGCCCCAAGGUCUUCAUCAGCUCCUCGUCAUCCCCCAGACCCACCUCACCGACAACACGCUCUACGGGCAGCUCCACCUCACACUCUAAGCGACCUCCCUCCUCGGCUUGCGCCCGCACCGCCCCUCUCGCCCUACCCGACUGCCAGAGCGUCGCAGCAGCCUGCUGAGCGACCACAGCGCGCCCUCAUGAUCCGCUUCAUCCUCGUCCAGAACCGCCAAGGCAAGACGCGCCUGAGCAAGUUCUACGUGCCGUACGAGGAGGACGAGAAGGCGCGGAUACGCGGCGAGGUGCACCGCUCGAUAGCGCCGAGGGACCAGAAGUACCAGAGCAACUUUGUCGAGUUCCGCAACCACAAGCUCGUGUACCGCCGCUACGCCGGCCUCUUCUUCAGCUUCUGCGUCGACGCCAACGACAACGAGCUCGUGUGGCUCGAGGCGAUCCACCUCUUUGUCGAGGUCCUCGACGCGUUUUUCGGCAACGUGUGCGAGCUCGACCUCGUGUUCAACUUUUACAAGGUGUACGCGAUCCUCGACGAGUGCUUCCUCGCGGGCGAGGUCGAGGAGACGAGCAAGCAGGUCAUCCUCGACCGACUCGAGUUUCUCGAGCGGCUCGAGUAGCGGGGGGAGGGCGAGCUGUAGAGGCGGGCGAGCGAGGCGCGCAGUGUAUACCAGGGUCUGUCUCUU